GUGUUAAAGCAGUUCACCACAAGAGGAGCAGGCUUCCUCUGAACACACCCCAGCACAGACAUCUCUGCCUCUGAUCGACCACCAUGGCUGUAAGACACGCUGCCUCUCUGCUCCUGCUGGGACUGCUGGCUCUCCUUCACACCUGGGGAGCUAGGGCCGCUGUGGAGGUAACCAUGAAGGAUAAAGUGGAAGCUUUUCUGGGAGACGCAGCUCAGAUCACUUGCAGGUUCACGUCGGAUGAUGGCAUCGGCAGCAGCGGUGGCAUAAUCAUAGAGUGGUUCUAUGUGGAGAGUCCAAGUUACAGUCAAAAAAUCUACCACCUGGAAAGCCUUCAUCACACUGUGGAGAAAAACACUCCGUACACUGAUCGGCUCACGGUGAACAACACCGGAACCCCCGGAGAGGUGGUGCUGACAAUCAGGGAUGUACAGCUGAGUGAUGAGGUGGAGUUCAUCUGUCACGUCAAGAGCCUUACAGAUGGGACCGGGGAGGGACGGACACAGCUGAGAGUGUUUAAAACACCAGAGUUUCCCACAAUCGAAGGUGUGAAAAAGGGAAUAUCAGUUAGUGAUCCACCUUCAAAGAUUGGCACUUGUGAAGUGAAAAAUGGAUAUCCCAAACCAAGCAUUACUUGGUACAGAAACAACAUGCCGCUGCGCAAUAUUCCAGACGUGGUGGACAUAGUGCACAGCGUCACCACCGAAUCAAGUGGUUUAUAUUCGGUCAAUUGUGUCCUCACUAUGAAGGUGAAGAAAGAGGACAAAAAAGCGGCGUUCUACUGCGAGGCCAAAUACUUUGUUCCUGGAACUGCAAAGAUGACUGAAACUGAACAUAUAAACAUCACUGUCUACUAUCCUCCCACUGCAGUACAUAUGUCGGUUGACUCCCCAAAGGGUAAAAUUAGGGAAGGUGACACUGUGGAGCUCCACUGCAGCUGUGACGGGAAUAGACCAUCCCAAGAGUUCACAAUUAAGAAGGAUUCUCAGAGAUUGGGUGAAACUACAGCGGUGCUGGAGAAAGUUACUCGUCUGAAUAGUGGUGUUUACCAGUGCAAUGUAAUGGACUUGGACACCUUUGAGGAAUUGUCAACCAACACCACAGUGUUUGUCAACUAUCUGGAUGAGGCUGUUGUUGAACCUAAAGGAACUGCUUUGGUGGUCCAGAAAAAAGAGUUCACAGCCAGCUGCAAUGCUUUAUCUUCUCUCCACACCGACACAACUUGGCUUAAGAAUGGAAAGGAAGUUUCAAAGGGUCACCAUUUAAGCCUGAAGGAUGUAACAUAUGACCAUGCAGGAAUGUACAUUUGUGUAGUGACAGCACCUGAGAUUCCAGGAAUGCAAACCAACGGCUCACUACAAGUGAACGUUCAGGGCCCACCAGAAAUAACAGAAAAAGAUUUCAAUGAGAAAGAGACUGCUGAGAAGGAUGUUGAACUGAGCUGCCAUGUCAGAGGCUACCCUUCUCCCAAAAUAACUUGGACUACCUCUGAUGGAAAGGUCAUCAGUUCCGCAUCUCAAACUAAGACCGAGGUGGGCGCUAAGAGUGUAGUCAAAGUCAAAGUCACUUCGGACAUGACCGUUUUCUGCAACUCCUCAAAUGACUUCGGCACAGACUCGGUUACAUACAACAUCAAAGCCACAAUCACUAAACACACCACCACACCAGCAACCACCACUACAACAAUCUCUACAACAACCAUUGCAGCAGCCAACACAACCAUCAAUACAAGCACAACCACCAACGCUGCUAGUCCCAGAUCCACAGUCAAAGCAGAAAUAGCCAAACCAUCAGAGAAAGGCAAACAAGGAAGCAAUGGUGUUAUCAUUGCAGUGAUUAUUAUUUGUAUCCUGCUUCUGGCCAUCUUGGGCAGCGUGCUUUACUUCCUCUACAAAAAGGGCAAGAUCUGCAAUCGAUCUGGAAAACAGGACUUCACUAAAGAGAAGUCCAGCAAAGAUAAGAUUAUGGUGGAGAUGAAGAACGACAAUACGGAGGAGGCGAUUCUGCUGGGGGUCAAUGGAGAAAAACAACUACCCAGUGAACAGUGAUGAAUACCUGCAUUGUUAGAAGUUAGGCAGUGAGCGCAGACUCCCUGAAAGCUGCUCCUGGUGUUCCCUCUCAGGCUCAGAUCCCCAGAUGCCUUCAAGCCUCAACCAAAGCUCCUUCAUCCAGAGUUACAUCAUGGAGAUAAUCAGCUGACACUUAAACUGUUCAAAGUAAAAUCUUUUUUUUUUUUUGUGCUGUAUGUUUUGCCCCCUCAAGCUCAAAUGAAGCACGAUUCACGAGCUCCAUAAUGUAACUCCAUCAUCUGCCUACCAAGCUUUGACUGCAUCUCUCAUUACUGCAAGCCUUGUACACUGCUGAUUGUCUAUGGAGAGCUGACAAAGCUGACAGGAUCUGUUUUAAAAUCAGAGCGUGACACGUUUAUUGCCUCCCCUGAUAAAGACGUGUAAAAGCCUUAAAAUAAAUUAAUCUUUUAUUCCAGUAGCAUAAUUUGGCCUUGAAAAUCCAGGCUUUCAAUUCAAGGCCAUUUAUUCAGAGAAAUAAAUAAAUAAAUAAAAUCCAGAUGUUUGAGAGAACAUCUAUUUCCAUUCAAGAAACUUCUUACAACCUGAAAAACACAUUUCCUUUAGAUAGUUGUUUAUUUAAAUUAGCUCUUCUAAGGACACGAUUAUAUUGCUGUCAAUCCCUCAGGACAAUUGAAAAAAAAUAAAAAGCACCUCAUGCCCAGGGUAAAGAAUGGUGGAGGAUCUGUGAUGCUGUGGGACGGUUUUUGAAUUACCACCAGAAUUUAAAUAAAAAUCUGGUGGAAUCUCCCAGAAAAUUAAUACUGGGUCAUCAUGGGUCCUUCAACAGGAUAAUGGUUCCCCAGAGACAAAAUCAACCUUAUUAAAAGGUUUUCAUUGGGUCAUGUCAGUCCUCUGAAUAAAUGUACAGUUAAAGAUUGGGUUUUCAGUUUAAAAUUGUUCUACUGAAAAAUAAAUACAUUUAAUUUAAGUCUCCUUACAAUGGGUGCUAUUAAAUGGGGCCAGCACUGUAUGAAUUAGCAUCACCUCAGGCAGAGCAAUCCACUGAAGAGCAUUCUGAUGCAGCUUAGUUAGUGUACAUACCAUAGUCUAUGUAUAUAUUUCUUUAUUUAAAAUAAAAAAAAAUUAUAAAAACAAAUGACCAGAUAGUGUUUCCGUGCUUCUUAGUGAUAAAAGAGGAGCUUAGGACGGUAAAUAGUUUUUUUCGUUUUCUGUUAUGUAUCGGUCUGCACACUGAAAGUUAAGAGACGCCUCACGUCUUUAGCUAUACCUUUUUAUGCUUUAAACACAAACCUGUAAGUCAUUUAAAGACACAUCACUCAUAUUCUCACCUCCCAGUGUUCUGUAGAUGAAAGAAGAACAAUUGGUUUGGUUAAUCUUUUUCUAUUUUAUCCUCAUUUUGUUCUCUGUAUAUUUUUAUUUUUUCAGAUGUGAUUGUUUGAUUUGAUGCAUUGCCAACAGUCAGGUCAUGAAGUUACUUUUUGCCUUAGAUAUGACAUUCAGAUGCCUUGCAGAAACUUCACAUUUUGUACUGAUGGUUCUGUUUCUAUUUAUUUUCCAAGCACUGAUAUUUUUUCCUUUUUGUGUGAGAAUUCAGACAGUUUUGUCUUUCUAAUAUAUGUUUUUAUGCGAUUGUAUGUUAAUGUAUUCAGUUUCUAUACCUGUUAUUUAGUUAUUAGAAGGAAAUAGGGUAGAGCAGAAUCACUGCAUUAAGUUGUCCUUAUUACAGCCUACAUUUCUGUUCACUGAAUGAAUUUCUGUAAUGAACGAAACUUGAGCUAAUCUAACCCAAAGAGACACAGAAUCCCCCUCAAACCUGAUGCCUUAAACCAACAACUACUCCUUUAAGCGCCAUUUAAGUGCUUUGUGUUCAUAUUGGUUCCCAUAAUAUCUGUGUACUACUGAGGAGGGGGGAAUGAGUGUGGCUUAACAACUCCAGCUUACAGACAAUCAUGCGAUCAUACACUUCCUUCCUACUGCUUUAAAAACUGUAACUGGUUGUCUGAAAUGCCUUUUAAUGUCUUUGAGUUAUAAAGCAUAUUGUAAUUACCAAAAGAAUGAUUGUGUUUAGUUUUUAAAAUCAUACAAAAUAAAGUAAAAAUGAUCAAGUUC